AUGUACGUACACUACACAGGCACAGCUGCCACGACCACUACCUGUCUGUACACCUACGCGGCUAUCUAUAGGUUCCGCUUUUCUAAGCACUCGUCCCGCCCCUUAGCACGGCAAGCCAAAAUUCCCCAAAGCGGAGUGUGCAGGGGCCGUCGCGCCGCCCACCCGCAUCGCUUCCUCCAGCCCAGUCCCGUCUGA